UUCCUUUCUGGCUUGGCCAUUAUCAUUGGACUGAGAAGGACUUUCAGCUUCUUCUUCCAGAAGGAAAAGCUAAAGGGCACCAGCUUCUUCCUGGGAGGCAUUCUCAUUGUGCUCCUGAGAUGGCCUCUUCUGGGCAUGUUGCUGGAGACUUACGGCUUCAUCACCCUCUUCAGGAAUUUUUUCCCAGUAGUCUUUGGAUUUCUGGGAGUUUGGGGAAAUAUUCCACUGCUGAGCAAGGUCUGGGCCAGCCCAGGAUGAAUCCUUUCACCUCCAUGCUCCUGCUCCUCUUCUUCUCUAAUGCUCCGUUCGGGGAACCCGCAGAAAGAUAUUUCCCCCUCUGGAGCCCUCGACACACAGGUGACCAUUUCAAAUACCUGGCCAGCCUGGCCCACUGGGAUCAAGCCAUUCCUUGCUCGGAAAGCAAGCCCAGCCCUGGGAAGGAAGAACCGAGAUCCACGCCGCCCCUGCUGUGCAAGCCGCAGGAAGACAGCCAGGUCCAGCUGGGGCAAGGGAUCCAUCCGGCCAGGAGCAGAGCCAUCUCUGUCCCCAAGGGCUCGCUGCUCGUGGAGCGGGAGAAGGAUCUCUCUGCCUACAACUGGAACUCGUUUGGCUUGAGAUACGGCAAGAGGCAAGCAGGCACCGGGGAAGCCAAGGUGAAAAUAUUGUGAAGCCAAGGAGCAGCUGGAGCUGGGGUCCUCACACAGGGCCUGAUUCUGAGGAACAGCGACACAGGAAGCUGACCAGUUCUGUAGAGUUCUGAGCAUGAUGUUUUCAACAGAGGAAGGACCCCUGUGGGUCACCCAGAUCUCACAUUUGGACAGUGAAAUCGAACCAAGUCAUACAUGCCAACAGGAGGGCUCACAGGGGGACUUGGUUUAGAUGUUCCAUUGUGGAGCCCACCUCCAGCCUGGAAUGUGCAGCAUGCUUUUGCAUUCCUUCUCCCCUUGACUCAGGUGUCUGGCUCGUUGACUAGCCUCCUCCAUCCCCUGUAUCUGAACCAGUCGACACCUGCUGGGAGUCUCAAACUUUUCCACUGCGUGGCCCACAUCUUAGAAGAGAGAGAGUGCCUCCUGGUCGUGUUGCAUCCCAUCCCAUUUGCGAUUCUGCAGACCACUUCCUGCCCUGUUCGUAGGAACACAGGGAUUACCAAACUGAAUCAGACCAAGGCCCAUCUAGCUCACUGCGCUGUCUCUGAUGCUUCAGAGGAAGGUGCAAGAAACCUUGCCACAGGCUGAUGUGGAAUAAUCUGCCCCCUCCAUAUUAGGUCUCUAACAGUUGAGAGGAGGUUGGCUUAAGCCCUUAAGCAUGAGGUUUAAUGUCCCAAAAUUGUUAGCCUCAAUUAUAACUCUGGACAUUCUUUUUGAACCUUGCUCAUUUUUUGGCCACCCCAUGUGGCAAUGAGUUCCGGAGUCUGAGUGUUGUGUUCAAGUGUUUGUUUCCUUUAAUCCCUUUAGAAUUUGAUUGACUGGCCCCUUGUUCCUGUGUAAUGGAGCAGGAAGGAGCAAAGCUCCCGAUCUCCCUGCCAUUCAUUAUUGAAUAUACUUUUACCAUGCCCCCCUCAUUCACCUCCUUUUUAAGGAACCCCCACUCUCAUGGACCUCUUCUUCUCGCAGCUGCAGUUGUUUAAUGUCCCUGUAGCAACCACAGCAAUUGCUCAUGUAAUGCAAUGCCCCUGGGUGGGUCGUUGGCAGCAAACCUGGGCUCAAAGCACAUAGUCAGCGCUUCAUAAAUAAUAGUCACAUGGAGCCUGCUCUCGGUGCACUUGCCAAGCAUGGAUCAGGUGCACUCAAAACUCCCACUGAAGUCCACAAGGAACACGGAAGCGGGCUCCACAUUUGCUGGAAUGGGAGCUCUCAGGUAAAGAGUCUCUGAACCCUCCAGCAUAGGGGAAUGAAGGAUUGAGAUUCUUCUUCCCCCGCCUUCAUUGUUUCCACAUGUUGGCUCUGAUUUCCAGGAGUGCUGAGCACUCAAAACGUCACCUGAAGUCACUGAGAACUGCAGGUUCUUUUGAAAAUCAGGCCCAUCCUGGCUACCAAGCCUUUGGCAUUUAAAUACUCACACGCUCUUGGAUGAAACGUGUUGUGGCCCUUGGCAUUAGUCAGCGUCCCAGCAAUUCUUACAGACCUAUUGUUGAACCUGAUCCCUACUUAUUACUUGGGCUCUACUCAUUGAGUGAUGCCUGAGGAGAUGCUGAGUAAGGAUUAUAGGGAUAGGUCCACCGUAAAUAAGUCCCCAGGUGGACACUUGAUUGUACAGUUUGCUAAGCUUUUGGGAAACAGGAAGAGGGAAAGGCUGUUUCAAAAGUCACCCCUUUUCAUCUGAAUUUUUCUGCUGGCGCCUGUGAU